UGGAAUUUCCAUUCAUUAGAAGAAAUUUUACUUGAGAUACGAGUGUUUUGAGUUACGAGUGUGGUCACGGAACAAAUUACAACCGAAUGACCUCGUGUUAAUUAAUUUCUUUACCAAUUCAAACCAGUCCGACUUCAAAUCUCACACGCUCCUCAGAAUGCAACGCAAUUUCUAAGGAAAUUACAGCCGCCAGAUUUAUGUUGACAUAAAAAAAAAAAAAAAGUUACUUUGACGCUGGUUGCUGGAGAAACUUCUUAUAGAAGCUCUGAUGUCACAAGACGUCACAUUCUGUAAUUGUAUAUUUUUUGGCAACAAUGCAAAUAUUUGUCACAAUUACUACAGUACGUAAUCUUCAGUAUCAUCUCUCCAUCAGUGUUGAAGGACAACACUCUUUUUUUCCUCCUUUGUUUGCUCAAACAUGCUACAGUAUGUGCGACAGAUAGGGUGGCAGUGAAUCUUACUCAGGACAGCCAUUAGAAAAGAUUGUGGAAUUCUCAUAUGGACAUUGGAGUAUAAUUCCCUUCCCGUUUUUUAAAAAAAAAAAAAACAUUUUAAAUAUAUAUAUAACAUAUUGUACUUCACUUUGGUUUAGGCUACAAAAGAAGAAAUGGCUUUUGCGCUUUGUACUAAGUCUUUCGUUUCUUGAACAGCAGAAAAUUCAGAAUGAUAUCUUGGAAUGUAAAUGGUGCUAAUUUUCAGGUCAAACGUGUUAAGGUAUUUACCCCCGACAUUAUUUUUCUCCAAGAGAUGCAUCUUAGAACAGAAGAUGUAUGUCAUUCAAAAAUAAAUGAAUAAAAACAAGUGUUUGGAGAGGUGUAGCACUUGGUGCUGGGCUGUCUUCAAAGAGCACCGCUGGGACUGUAUUACGCAAUAAGAAAUUGACAUUUGGUGUAGAGUUAAUAAGAUACCCAUCUCGGAGAUACAGCUGUAAAUCUACAUUCAUAUUUCUGUGGAAUGAAAGAAUUUACUUUCAACCCCUAAUUUGUUCAAAUUGUUUGCUUUUAUUUGAUUUUAUUUUUUUCAAGAAAUAAUUUCAAUUACAUGAGCAUUCGUCAUGUUGAAACUUUCAUUGACUGUACAGUCAAUGAACGUUUGAACAUAGCGAUGGUUGGGCCUCGGAACAGAUUCAUGUACGGGUAAUUGAAAUUACUCUACAAAUUAACAUCCCGUUACUCAAGUGUACAAAAGAGCGAAACGCUUUCCGGUGAUCGACUGCCGACUUAAGCUUAUCGUACUGAGCAGCCAAAACAGACGUGCGCCGCUUCCCAUGUCGCAAAAGGUUUCAGUUGCAAUUGUGGUCGUGAUCAAAUUUUCCUCUUUGCAAUCAUCAAUUCCCUUGUGCCUUUAAAGGUCUUUUCAUACUGCACGUAGCAGAGGGCAGCAGAGGGCAGCACGCCGUCGGCCAAGUCCUGAUUCGUGUAGUAUGUGCUGCCGCGGCACAGCGUUUGUGGCGGCGCGCAAGAAUUGAAUUGAAAUGAACUCUAUUAAAAUAAUGAGAAAUGUUCGAUUUGGGUAGAGGGAUUUCAGUCAUAAGAGAUUUGGGUGGACUUUUACAGCAAACAAUAUUGAGAAAUUGGAGAAAGUAACACUAAAUGUGGGCGUCUCAGUGUUUUGGGACACACGCGCACACACAAAUGAAAAAAUGAUGUACGGUACAUCGACAUGUAAAAGAAUCGAUGGUGGGAGACCUCCAACACGUUGCAUAAUUAUAUUGUACUAAGUUGGAUGAAAGUGGUAGAAACGUGGGAUUUUUAGCAUUUUUAGCAAUACAAAUGUUAGCGUAAAACAAAAUAUAGCAUAGCCGCAGAUAUGGGGUGCCGUUUGUUACAUUCUCGUAUUACUUUUGGUAUUUUUAAGGGUGCUAAGCAUGCCUGCGUCCGAUUACCGGCGCCAUGCAACAGUGUGUGUACGUUUGUCACAUAACGUGAGAAGUGUGGGAUUGUUUGGAGUUGGGGCCGCUUUUCCGGCGCCAAGGAAACGCGUGUCAGCCCGCUUGGGCAGAGGGACGCUCGUGAGCGCCCCCUCCUGAAACCCCACCCCCCGCACAUGCCGAGACCCUCGAAAGCAGCGAUGAAAGUGUCCCAAAAUAGAUCAAGAGAUGCGAGAGUGCGUUUACGGCUGUUUGUUAUCCGCACAAACUAUUCCUGGCCUCGCUUCCUGUCAGCACAUUCCAAUGGUAAAGAGUUCCACUUCUUCCACGCGUUUACACACAUGCACACACAGGUGGCUUCCCUUACUGGUAUCUGUACUUGAGUAUUUCAUUUUCCUUUUAGUUGUAUUCCCUACAUUUGACAACAGAUGUGUGUACGUUUUACUCCUUACUUUGUCAAAAUAUGCUCGUUGCUUUUUUUCAACGGCCACAGAUGACGACAUUAAAAAAGAAAACAUCGAGAGGCGCAAUGAUGAAAAAAAACAAAACAAACAAGUGCAGUAUGUCAAAUGAGGCUUCAAAAACGUGAAAGAUCGAGCAGUUCUCGGCGGUUAAGGGCGUGUCUGUCUGCUCUUCCGUCAUUCGCUCUGUGAUGUGCGCGCACUCACAGCCGACUACGAGGCGCUCUAACGCGGCCACGCCAGCAUACAAUCCGACUGUGCGAACGGAGGCGCUCACGUUCUUAUACGGUAGGAGAGCAACUAAUCAUGCCGGACUCCAAAGUGCAUUGCGAAGUGAUAUUUUAGCCACGCCCCAAAUAAUCUGGAAAAGUGCAAUGGUGGUUUAUCUUCAAACGUGUGUAAUGUAUUUAGAACAAAUCUGUGCAUUCACUGUCACAUUCAUUGUCUUUGAUACAGUUUGUGAGUACUUUUGCCACCUCUGACAGACAGACAGGCACGCGCACACGCGCACACACACCGUCAUGUGACCCUUGUACUGACACCUGCCAAGGACCCGGGCUAAUCCACACUUAGUACUCGCUUCCCCUCCCGUGACAUCAUGGCCAGGUCACAGGGCAGCGAAUCCAUUUCUUUAAUACCCUCCUCAUCCUCUUCACUUCUAACCUUUAACCCCCCACUGACAGUACCACCAUCUGGACCACAGAUAACACGAGGAUGUUUCCAAUGGCGUGCGUCUGGAUCGCGUUCGAGGCGGCCGGCAGAAGUACAAGCGCAGAAUGGACACGGAGAGCAGCGCCCCCUAUCUCCACCUGCACAGCGUCCUCCCACACAAGAAAACAUCGAGCGCCAACCAAGUGGUGUCGCUGCUGCUGCUGGCCGAACCCGAGGCCAUCUUGGCCAUGGCCGACCCCACGGUGCCCGACAGCGACAUCAAGGCGCUGACCACGCUGUGCGACCUGGCCGACCGGGAGCUGGUGGUCAACAUCGGCUGGGCCAAACACAUCCCAGGCUUCCCGUCGCUGUCGCUGGCCGACCAGAUGAGCCUCCUGCAGAGCGGCUGGAUGGAGAUCCUGAUCCUGCGCGUGGUCUUCCGCUCCCUCGCGCUGGACGAGCAGCUGGUGUACGCCGAGGACUACGUGAUGGACCGGGACCGGUCCAAGAUGGCCGGCCUGCUGGACCUCAACAAUGCCAUCCUGCAGCUGGUCAAGAAAUACAAAAGCGUUAGACUGCAGAGGGAAGAGUUCGUGCUCCUCAAGGCCAUCGCGCUCGUCAACUCAGACUCGGUGCACAUCGAGGACUCUGAGGCAGUCCAGCACCUCCAGGACGUCCUUCACGAGGCCUUACAGGACUACGAGCUUGCCCAGCACGCGCAGGACCCUCGACGGGCCGGCAAGCUGAUCAUGAGCCUCCCUCUGCUGCGGCAGACGGCCGCCCGAGCCGUGCAGCACUUCUGCGGCAUUAAGCGGGACGGGCGCGUGCCCAUGCACAAACUCUUCCUGGAGCUUCUAGAGGCCAAAGCCUGAACGUGAGAAGACGCUACGACACCGUGAAGGAUCACUAAGCUUUUUAGAUACAGUGCUACCUUGACUUACCUGUGCCCCAACUUAUGAGUUUUUUUUUUUUUUUUUUUUAUUUCUUCUUAUUUUUUUUAAUGCUAUGUGUUGCAGUCAAAAUUUGAGGUAUGAAUAGUUUUAGACGCGGUGCUGCUCGAGUGCAGUGAAAAAAACGAAACAAUUAAGGCACUGACUUGAGGGGCACUCCACUGCAUGAGAUUUACUCGUUUUCAUGUUAAAUUAGCAUCAAUUACAGUGUCCCCUGCUACAUUGCGUUUUAUCCUUCAUGCCCUCGCAAGAUCGUUUUUUUUUGAGAGAUUGUUUUUUAUUGUUUUUUUACAGGGUAAUUGGAUCAGGAUAUCCCGCAUUUAUUCUUUUCUUUUAUUUUUUUUAAACCUGAUUCCCUGCUUAGUCACAUUUCCCCCCAUUUUUUUUUUCAUGGACUGUCAAUUAUUCGCAGAUUUUCGCCAGUCUCGGUCGAGCUCGGCCCCUUUUUUCUGUGAAUAGCGGGGAUCCACUGUAUGCUUACUCACUGUAAUGCCCUCGCAUGUGGGCAAGGGGAGCCACAGUCGCUGAUGCACUUACAGCUAUUUUUUGAACUGGACAAACAUUCAAACAGACAACUAAAAAAUGAGAACAUUCGCAAGGAGCUGCUGUAGGCCACAGCCCACGAACAGACGCUCGCACGCAGAUUAACUGACUCCAGCUCCUGAUGGGCCACGGCCCUUAAAAGGCACACAUGCAACACUAAAGUUGCUGUUGUGACUUUUCAUCUUAAUUAUAAAUAAGUCAUAAAUCAAGGUACCACUGUAUUUUUUAUUUUUUUUAUUUUAUUAUUUUUUUUAAAUGUACCUUUUAGGUCAAAAUUUAUAUGACUUCCUGCAAAGUAGUCAGUGGGCAAAGCACAUGCAGGAUUACUUGAAGACCCCUCGUGGACGCGCUCAUCCUUCCGGCAUGCAUUUGAUUUCUUCACGGGGACAAAGUCCAAAAGUCUCGCCAAAAAGACUCUUGCUUCAAGAAACCAGCAACGUGAGGGAACGUGGCCUCGAGGACUUUCAGGGAGAGAAACUGUGCUUCAACAGAGUGAUAUUUAUUUGAAGAAAAAGUGGAUUUACUUGUAGCACUGAUCAUCAAAUGAAUGCAACCUCCAGCCUGCGGGCCAAAUACGGCCCACUGCAGCACCUCUAUUAACAAAUCCUCAGAGAUUAACGAUCUUCUAAAGAGCCCAAAAACAUUUAACCCGCAAAUGUUCAUAAUAUAUAAUAAUAUCUUCUUCUUUAUUUUUUACUUAUAAAUGUAUUAUGGCCUUUGGAGGACUUUUUAAGGUUCCACAUACCUGUUCUAAAUGUACAUAAAAUAUACAACUUAAUAAUUGUAAUACGGCAACCACCUCGUUCUUGUGGAAAUUUAGUAGGAUUUCG